AUGCAACAAUCCUCUGUCCUCAGACGAACACCGGGCAGCUUCAACCUCAGAGAUCGUAUUUCAAAACCUGGCAGGCCAUCAAAGGAGCUUCAGAACGAGAUAAAAAAAUUACUAAAUGGUUGUUCUCCCCAUGACAUUAUCGAACACUCAUCUCCAGAAUCUCUACUACCCCUCCUAUCGUGCUUCAUACGCUUAAAAUCCAGUGACGAGGAAAUAUGCACUUUUGCCUCCCUUUGCGAGUUCUCUGAAUUCACGACAAAGUGUAGAAAAUCUGCCGGUCCCGGGAAGAUAAUCCAAUAUCUUCCUCACGAGACAGUAUCAGAGUAUUCCACACUUCUAGAAACAUUUCAAACUAUCAUACUGCGUGAGCGUACUUCUUUUGACGUUCUACGUUUCAUCUUUAAGGAAGAACUAGGAGUUGAUGAAAGCUCACAUGAGACCAAAAAGAUGGUGCUGAUGGUUAUAGCAGAUUUACCGUUCAAUGUUACGAAUUGGACAAAUAUAUGGGUAGGAUUGAUACAGGGCCUUUGGGGGGGAAUUUGGCAGACUACGUUGUUUGUGAGAAGGUUGAGGGAUGGGAAGGUUCUUGGGAAGAACAUAGAGUGGAUACCACAUGUGGCGAGAGAGAUGCAAUGGGCGCAAUGGCAAAUUAAACGGAAGGCCGAGGAGACGGACGAUCGUAACUUGCGUCUACGGAUACAGGGGUCUGUGGGCCAGAAUGGUUUGGCAAGUCGAUCUUUACAGGAUGGACACACCGGAAGAAAAGAGAGCCUCAAUUCAGUGUCAGAUACUAAUAUAUUGGAUGUUAGACCGCCACCGAUAUUGAUAUCACCCCCUAGUCCAAAACAAAACCUUGAGGUGGUGAUGCCGGCGCCAAAAAUCCCGGCUAAACAAUCGGCUAAUCAGAGGAGGUUUCCCGUACAUGUACGCGAGCAAAGGCGACCAAAGGUAAUAUACUACUCCCCAUCGCCUCCAAAAUCGAAGCCGAAACCAGGCCCAAACGCGUUAUCGGUCACAAAGCCGAAGCCUUCAGAAAUAGACGUAAUGAUAGGAAAAUAUGCACAACUCCCACGGGUUAAAUAUGAUCAAGAGGAACAGAUUCGUCAGGAACUAGCUCGGCAGCAAAGAUCCGAAGAAGAGUUUAACGUACGACUAAGGAAAAAGUACCACGAAGCUAAGAUUAAAGAGAAAUUGGAUGAGAUGGCCAAAGAUACUGGGUUAAUAGUUGAGGGGAAAGCGGCGAAGAGGAAGAGGGAUGAGGAUAAUGAGGCCGGGAAGAUCAAGCGUGCAGGAGCGAUAGCUGAGCUUAAUGAGCUUCAUAGACGACUUUUAGAACAUGAAAAGGAACUUGAGGAUAAUAGUUUUGAAAACUGGGCCGGGAAGUUGUUGGUUGAGGAGACUGAUCGAGAAGAAGAGGAGGAAACUUGGUGA